AUGGAGAAAUCAAUUGUUUAUGGAUAUGUAAGUUUAUUUCCUCAAUGUAAAGAUUCUAUAGAAAAAAGUAGAAAUGCUGAUGAAGAAAUCUGGAAAAGAUAUUGUGACAAAAUUGAUUUAGAAAAUGCUAGAAAUAAUAUAUCUAAUAUUAAAAAAUUGUGCGCACAAGCACUUCCAUAUUUGUUUGAAAUAUAUUAUUAUCCUGAUGAUCCAUUAAAAUCUGUAGGAUGUAAAUAUCUCUAUUAUUGGUUAAAUAUAAAUCCUCUACUUAAGAAAAAUAAAGGUACAACAAUAAAUAAUAUAUAUAACGAGAUUCUGAAUGUAUACAAUACUAAUCAUAAGGUAAAAAUUAUUAACCAGGAAUGUAAUAAUCCUAUGACAGAUGAAGAUAUUAUAAAACUAAAGGAAUUAUACGAUCUAUAUAUAUGUCUGCAUAAGGUGAAACCUAAUAACUCAACUUCCGAUCAUAUUAAUAGUGAUUGUUCUCUUGAAUAUACUAGUAUAUGUAAAAAGGAAAAAGAAAAUUGCCAAAAUGAUAAUACCAGUGAUUUCUGCAAAGCUUUGGAAAAUUCUAAAAAAUACUAUACAACAAUAAAAUUGGGAUAUGAUAGUUAUCUUCGAGAACAUUUACAAUCUUCAAUUAUAAAUAAUAAUUUAAAACCAAUUGUAGCUACAGUUACUAUAAUAUUAAUAUUGUCACUUUUAUUAUUUAUUGUGUUUAAGUUCACACCAUACGGUGCCUACCUGUGUAAAGGAUAUAUAUGGUUACGAAGGAAGUAUAAUAAUAUUAAUGAAGUAUUUAGUAUAUUGGACCCAUUAGAUCCAUCAACGGAUAGAAUAUGUAAUAUAUUAUAUCAUUCUACCUAG